UGCAGGGAGGGCUGUUUCUGGGAGUAACCCAACACUCCGACAUCAUUCAGUUUGACUCAAAGCUCCAGGAUCACUCUGAGUGAUCCGGACCUCUUUAUUUUCUUUUAAUUACAUCUAAAACAGAGUGGAUGGUUGGCAGUUUAAAUAAUCACAACGUGUGGGAGCAGAUAAGGAGAAGGAGGAUGAAAAUGAUUGUGACCUGGCUUUUCUUGUUGCUUCUGUUCAGUCUGAGUGAACAAGACGGACAGCAAACAGGUGUUUCACGAUGCGGACCUCAGAACCUAACCGUCUGGGGUUUGGGUCAGACGCUCCUGGCAGAGUGGGAAGACGACGCAUCAUGCUUGGCUCUGAAUGACCCGAUCACCUACAAUAUGACGGUUCUCAUUGAAAACAAGGAAGUUUAUUCUGAUAAAGUCUCUGUGAUGCCGGACGACAUUGGAUCGACUCAUUCCUGGAACUGGACGUCUUAUUUGCCGUUGGAGUGUGCUUCUCACACCUUCAGGCUGAGAUCCCUAGUCCAAAACCAGAUGAGCCAGCUGGAACAAGAAAAGACUCUUCCUGGUCAAACCGGCUCUGGUGGGGAAAGAGUCUUCCCUCAGGAUGCGGUGUUUGAUGUUGGCAGCACCGCCACCUUCUGCUGUGUCGUCCCAGAUGGUGAAAAGUUUGAUAAGAUGUUUCUGGAUGGACCCACAGGCAGAAACAUGAGCACCACCAAGAUCAGUGAGCAGAGAUACGCCCUGACUUUGCAGCUGGGUGCAUCUCUGCUCACUGGUCCCCGGGAUCCUGGUGUGAAUGUCAAAUGUAAGACCAAACAACCAUCAAAGGGACUCUACGGAUCUUCGUUUCGUGUUGGCUACCCACCUGAUGUUAGAGAUCUUUGGUGUGAAACUCGGGAUCUGGAGUCAGUGGAAUGCCUCUGGAGGGAAGGAAGAGGCACAAUGGUGGAAUUAUUGAGUCCGACAAAGUAUCAGCUGGAUGGAAGUAAAUGUGACUCUAAAAAUAAAGCAAGAUGCUCUAAAAAGCUAAAGGUCGAAGUUGGUGAGAAGAACUGGACUCUAACAGCUUGGAACCGCCUUGGAAAGGUGGAGAUCCAAGACACUGCAGAUCUGACCAAGAGAGUUCACAUGUUGGCUCCACAUGAGCUAACAGUUGCUGAUGUAAACGCCAGGACUGCCAAACUUAGCUGGAGGUGGACUGUGAAGCGGUACGAUAACCUGAGUCUGACGUGCCAGACCAACAUCACAGACACAGAGGGGCAUUUUCCCCAGAUUGAACACGGUGUCGGGCUGAAAGUUGCCAUUUUAACUGAUCUGAGACCAAACUGGGAAUAUCAAGUGAAGGUCCGGUGCAGAGCAGCUGAACAUUUCUGGAAAUGGGGCACAUGGAGCAAAACCGUGACCCUUCGCACGUUGGGUGAUGUUCCAGAUCCUCUCGACGUGUGGAUGGAGGAGAAGGGAAACCAGACGCUGAUCGUUUGGAAGAGGCCUCUGGACCACCAGAGCCACGGAGAAAUCAUGCAAUACCAGGUGACCUGGGCCAGAACCAGCGACUCAAACCGACUGAACAAAACCAACGUGCCUCCUAGCGCCCACCGUCACGCUCUCCGUUUGGACACAGGAGAACAAUACGUCAUCAAGGUUAUGGCGAAGAACAAAAAUGGCAGCUCAUCGCCAUCGGCCAUCACCCUCCCUGUCAUUAGUCCAGACAAAACCAGCAUGAAAGUUUCCCGGCUCAUUGGAAGCGAAGGAGGCUUCAACCUGUCCUGGUCUGGCCGUCCAGAGGCGAGUUGUGGCUACAUUGUGGACUGGGUUCCUGCAAACAGGACUGAGCCUGUGGACUGGAGAAAACUGCCUCCCAGUCAGACCAGCGUCAGGAUAGAAUCAAAGAACUUCAAAGAUGGGCUGAGAUACCAGUUAUCAAUCUACGCCUGCACCCAGACAUCUGCGCUGCUUCUGGAGAGGAUGGAGGGCUACGUCACGGAGACACGAAUAAAAGACAACCUGUUCACCUCGCUGAAGUACAAACAGCAGGGCUCCCAUGUGGAGAUAUCCUGGGAUCCGGUUUCUCUGAGAGAGCAGUCCGCUUUUAUCCAUGGAUACGUGCUGUACUGGUGGGAAACAAGCGGGCAAAACUUCAGCGUGACCACAAACAAUCCGGAGGACACCAGCCUGACAGCCAAGAACCUGCAGACCGGCUCCUACACCUUCAAAGUGGCGGCCCGGACGGAUGUCGGAGAAUGUGGCAACACAACUCUCAUAGCCACAUUAAAUUUCCAGAGCGACAGCUUCAUCAUGAUCUUCAUCUUUUCUCUGUGCGCGGUGUCUGCCCUCCUCUUGAUCAUCACCAUCCUCUGUUACCACCACUGGACAUGCAUCAAGCAGAAACUUUACCCUGAGAUCCCCAAACCAGAAAUGCCUGACUGGUUCGCCUCACCCGUUAAAAGAGUUCCUCCUUAUCUGCAAACGGACCUCAGCCACAACGCGGAGGAGCACACAGACAUCCCACAGCUGCAUUAUAAAAGCGGAGAACCACUGAACAACAACACCCAGGACAGCACGGGUCUCAUUUCUCCACAGACUCCCCACAGCUACCAGAACCAGCCAGCUGAGAAAUACUGGGCCUCGCCGGCUCUGAACUCGUCCGGUCCAAACGUCCCGUCUCAGUCGCUGUUUGCCAACCCGACGUACAACCCGAUGAUGACAGGGGAGGACUGCACCCCCAGCUCUGACCCGAAGCUUCAGAUGAGGAACGGAUACCAGCCUCAGAGUCUGGACGAGUUCUUUCGUCUGUGCCAAAUGGACCAGGAUCCUGUCUCCUUUGUUUCAGGGUACAUCAUGCCACCGCAGCCCUCUUAGUUAUAAUACGAGGCAUAAAGAAUAACCCGUAGGGACGUGUAGUCCUCUCUGCAUAUAUCCAUCCAUCCAUUUUCUGACCCGCUUAAUCCCUCAUGGGGUCACGGGGGUUGCUGGUGCCUAUCUCCAGCGUUCACUGGGCGGG